CAUUUUCCAUAACAAAAGGCACAAACAAAUUUGGUUGAUAGAAGAAUAAAGUUGAGAUUUUUCUGAUUCUUUCUUCAUUAGAAGCAAUGGGGAGCUUCAGGGAACCCCAUCUAUGGGUUCUGCUAGCUCUUUUCUCCUUGAUGGUGGCAAGUACAAGUGCCGACGAUGGCUACAAGUCACCACCUCCACCACCUUACAAGUAUGAAUCACCUCCACCACCUCCUUACAAGUAUGAAUCACCUCCGCCACCUCCUUACAAGUAUGAAUCACCACCACCCCCUCCUUACAAGUACGAGUCACCUCCGCCACCUCCAUAUGUCUACAAAUCUCCACCACCACCACCAUACAAGUAUGAAUCACCUCCACCUCCACCAUACAAGUAUGAAUCACCUCCACCACCUCCAUAUGUUUACAAAUCUCCUCCGCCACCGCCUUAUGUCUACAAGUCACCACCGCCUCCACCUUACAAAUAUGAAUCUCCACCACCUCCCCCAUACAAGUAUGAGUCACCACCGCCCCCUCCUUACAAAUAUGAAUCACCUCCACCACCUCCUUAUGUCUACAAGUCUCCACCACCUCCACCUUACAAGUAUGAAUCUCCACCACCUCCCCCAUACAAGUAUGAAUCACCACCGCCCCCUCCUUACAAAUACGAAUCACCUCCAUAUGUCUACAAAUCUCCGCCGCCACCACCUUACAUCUACAAGUCUCCUCCACCUCCGCCAUACAAGUACGAGUCACCUCCACCCCCACCUUACAAGUAUGAAUCACCACCACCGCCUCCUUAUGUCUACAAGUCACCACCUCCCCCUCCAUACAAAUACGAAUCACCUCCUCCACCCCCAUAUGUCUACAAAUCUCCACCACCCCCACCAUACAAGUAUGAGUCACCACCACCCCCACCAUACAAGUACGAAUCACCUCCUCCACCUCCAUAUGUCUACAAGUCACCACCACCUCCACCUUACAAGUACGAGUCACCUCCUCCACCUCCCUCAUACAAGUAUGAAUCACCUCCAUAUGUCUACAAAUCUCCACCACCACCUCCUUACGUCUAUAAGUCACCACCACCCCCACCUUACAAGUAUGAAUCACCUCCUUACAUCUACAAGUCACCACCACCUCCACCUUACAAGUAUGAGUCACCACCACCACCUCCUUACAUCUACAAAUCGCCACCGCCUCCACCUUAUGUCUACAAAUCUCCCCCACCCCCACCUUACAAAUAUGUCUCACCACCACCACCACCCUACAAGUAUGAGUCACCCCCGCCUCCACCUGUUUAUCAUUAGAAUUUAAUAACAAGUCCACCACCAAAGCAUUGAAAGACCCCACUACCAUUCACAAUUUCAGUAUCAACUUUUCAUUUUAAACGUCAUCUUUCCACAAUAAGCUUUCUUCUGUUUUCUUCUACACGCAAAUAAAGUUUUUUUAUCCGCCCUUGUUGUGAAGUACUACAAUACCUUCCAGAAAGGAACUACCUGGUUAGAAAAAGAAGGGACUCAUAAGCUCCAUAUAUCUGGGCCAGAUUUCCAAUCUAUGUUGAUGGUAUUGCAGGUGUAGCAUGUUUGUGAACUUUGAAUCUGUUUUCCUUUUCAAGUUAUUGUACCCCAUGCAAACAAUUAAUAAAAUUGGUUUAUUAUAUCUUGA